CCUGUUCGCAAUGAUCGACCCGGACGCGCCGACGCCCGCGGACCCCAAGUUUGCGUUCUGGCGGCACUUUGUCGUGCCUGGGCUGAGGCCGGGUGAGGACGUAGUGAAGCACGGCAAUGUGGUCACCGAGUAUUUGGCGCCGGGGCCGAAGGAAGACUCUGGACCGCACCGCUACCUGUUCCUGCUCUUCGAGGAGCCUGCGGGGCUCAAGCUGACAAAGGAGGACGUCGGCGGGGAGGAGUUUGUCCAGAGGCGCUCGUUCCCGGCUGCCGACUUUGUCGCGCGGCACGGCCUCAAGCUGGCUGGCGUGAACUGGAUGACUUGUGCUUGGGACGGGUAUGCUCAAUGAUUCAAUCAGAAAUAGAAGGGAGGGGGGGAGGUGGAGGGCACGCAUGGCAUCGGGAUGAGAAGCCCUCCUCCUGGUGGUGGGUGGUGGGUAGUGGGUACGCAGAGAGGGAAGACAGGACGAUGAUGGGUGCUUCAAGUGUAGUGUACCGGCUUGUGGGCCAGCCUCGAGUCCGUCCAGCACGAGAAUGCGGGGCAUGGCUGGCCAUCAUAGCCACCGGGAAUCAUAGCUGCCAUGUUUGGUAUAGAGACGCCCUCACCUUGGGCGGUGGUGACCCUGCCGAGCAUGUCAAGGGCCAGCCCUCACGUCACGGCUCAUCGAGCACGCCUGUGUUGAUUCA